AUGGAACGCGCUGAAGGCGCACAGGACCUUCCUCAACCCAGUGACAUCUAUGGGCUGAACAUGGAGAUUCCAAAGAAUCUUCCCAAAAAAAGAAAAAGGAAGAGAAAGAGGAGAGUUCAGCCGCCAAAUAAGAGGAGGAGAAUAGAAACAUCAGAGAAGGCGAAAGAUGGCGGCAAAGAAAAAAUGAUCAAGGCUUCGAAAAGACCUGGAAGCCCUAUACAGGAGAGUAUCCUAAAAAAGAGGAAGAGGGGAGAAAAGACAGGGGGAAAAGCUGAAGAUGGACCAAGCACAUCCUAUAACACUGAGAUGGAACAGCUGUCAGUGACAACCCCAGCAGAAACCCCCAUCAUUGUGACUGGACUGGAAAGCUUCACCUUCCAUAAAAUUCUUGGAGAGGGUGGUUUUGGUAAAGUCAUGCUGGCCACACAUCCCGACUGCCAACAACAACUGGCAGUGAAGCUGGUGAAGAAGAGGGUCCUGCUUCAGAACUUUAGUAACAACGUUCUGAUUGAGCGACAGGUCCUGGAGGUGACUGGGAAAAGUCCACUAUUCACCCAUGCUUAUGCCACCUUCCAGACCAAGGACUAUGCCUUCUUCAUCAUGGAGUUUCUCAGCGGAGGAGACCUAGGUGACCUCAUACAUGCCAAAGCCCCAUUCACCAUUCCAGUCACCAGAUUUUUUGCAGCUGAGAUCAUCUGUGGGCUGCAGUUUCUCCAUAACAGAGGCAUCAUACAUAGAGACAUAAAACCAGAAAACAUCUUAAUGGACAGCGCCGGUCACUUGAAGAUUGCCGAUUUCGGUCUUGCCGUGAUGAACAUCUUUGGGGAAAGGAAGAUCUCACAAUAUGCCGGAACUCUUAGCUACAUGGCACCCGAGAUUCUUCUCGAGAAGCCCUACAACACGGCAGUGGACUGGUUCUCAGCUGGUGUGACGAUAUAUCAGAUGGCUAGUGGCAAAUAUCCAUUCUCUGCCAGUAUAUUUCCGGAAAAAAUUCAGAAGUCACUGAUCAACGAUUUUCCCACCUACCCAAAACGACUCGACCCACAAGCCAGAGACCUCAUAGAGAGGCUCUUAAUCAAGUCACCAGAGAGUCGCCAGUUAGCGGUAUGUAACAUCAGGGAACAUCCAUUUUUCAUGGACAUCGAGUGGACAGAUAUAGAGGAAGCAGCAGCUUGUCCACCAUUCCAACCAGGACCAAACAUUUGGCAGAAUUGUGAGAGAGAUCGUUCACAGGAUCUGGAGGAGGAUAAACCACUGGAAGUGAGCAGCUCCACUAUAUAUACAGAUGUCCACAAUAGAUCAGUGGGAGAAAACCAUCAUGUUAUAGCAGAGCCUCUUGAUGACAUUACACUCACCAGGAAAAUCCACCGAGAAUUGCUGUCCUUGUAUGAGCCUCAAAUUCCAACCUCUGACCUCUAUGUACUCUCCUGA